ACGAUUUUCUUACAUUUUUAUAAUUUGUGCAUCAUCUUAAUGGGAUAAUCACGUAAAUGUAAUAGUUUACAGUUUUUUGUUGUGUUUGUGCAAAUUUGUUUGAAUUCAUGCCUUAUCGUAGCUCAUAGUAUAGCAAAUUAUAGAAUCUGUGGACUGAUGUGGACUUUGAACAAUGUUCAACACAGUUUAUUUAGUAUCACUUGCUAUUGUAUCCGUAUCAGUUCUUAUUUCAUAUAUUUUAAUGAAUACUAAUACAGUUUCAGAACUUGAGACAAUGGCAAAGAAUGGCUUAGUUUUUGUUGCUAAUACAGCAAAGAUGCACAAUUUAGUCACCAAAGCUAUUAAAUCAGUUAAAAACAUAUUAUAUAUAAAAAUUAAUAGUGAUUCGGGAAAUUUGUUGCCUAUAUUGAGCAACCAAAUUGUUAAUAUCUACAGUAAUGCAUCUUCACAAAAUACAGAUGUGAGAUUGUUGUUGAAACCAAUUAAGUCAGGAGAGAAGAUUCAUACAAACCAUGCAAUAGAUCUCAUUCUUUAUGAAAGUGAACUGGACAAGCAUAUUGAAGAGCUCAAACAUUCAGUAAAUAAUCUAGAAACUGGAUGUAAAGUUAAAAGUUUCGAUAGUAAAACAGCAGAUAGAGUGUCAACAGAAGAAAAGAUAAAAACCUAUGAGUAUGUGGCAGUUGGUGGAACAUUUGAUAGACUACACAACGGACAUAAGAUCCUGUUGUCGCAGGCGGCUCUGCGCGCAACCAGACAUGUGACAGUCGGGGUAACUGAUGUAAAUAUGAUUAAAUCAAAAGUUCUAUGGGAGUUAAUCGAGCCUGUAGAAAAAAGAAUAAAGGGAGUACUUGACUUCUUAACUGACAUAAAUCCAGAUCUCGAGUAUAAUGUUACACCAAUACAAGAUUUAUAUGGACCUACCAAAUCUGAUCCGAGGUAUGAGUUGAUAGUGACCAGUGAGGAAACAAAAAGAGGUGGGGUUAAAAUCAAUGAGAAACGCGAGGAAAUCGGCUUUCGUCCACUCGAUACGUAUGUGAUAGGACUUGCUGAGGAUCCGACCAACAGACACUCUGCUGAAGAAGAAACCAAAGUCAGUUCCAGCAAUCAGAGAAUGAGGUUACUAGGAACGGUGAUAAAGGAGCCGGAGCCAAACCCCCGUAUCCCAGUGCGGCCUUAUGUCAUAGGAUUGGCUGGCGGUAUUGGCAGUGGCAAGAGUAAUAUUGCUGAGAAAUUAAAACUAAAAGGUGCUGCGGUUAUAAACUGUGAUUUGAUCGCUCACGAGUUGUACAAGCCUGGUCUUCCACUCAACCGAACGUUAUCUGAGGCCUUCGGAGGACAUAUCAUCACAGAAAACGGUGAAGUCGACAGACGGAAACUUGGACAAAUCGUAUUUAGUGAUAAGAACGAACUAGAAAGGUUAAAUCAGUUAGUUUGGCCAGCUGUAAUAGAGGAGACGCAGCGCCGUAUCAGGGCGCUGGGGCAGGCGGGCUACGAGGUGGUGGUGAUGGAGGCCGCGGUGAUGGUGCGAGCCAAGUGGUACCACUACUGUCACCAAUUGUGGGCAGUUAUUGUACCACCUAAUGAGGCUAUAAAAAGGCUUCAAGCGCGCAACAAUCUGUCAGAAGAGGAAGCGAGACAACGUGUGGAGGCUCAAGUAUCAAAUUCCGAGCAAGUGGCCGCCGCUAAUAUUGUGUUCAGUCCGUAUUGGAGCUACGAAUAUACACAAUCCCAGAUAGAUAAGGCCUGGGACCAUUUGCAGAAAUAUCUCGGACACCAAAAUUAAAAAAUAAAAUAUUUAUUAACGUUUUUAGAUAUAAUAAAGUCUAUGUAAUCUGUUAAAAUGUUUACUCACGUUCAAAAAAUUUAUUAAAACAUUAUUUUUAUUAUUACAAUAGAACAGCGGCUUGCGCUUUGUAAGUGGCUGGCUUUAAUGUACCUGAAUUUACUAAAAUUUGUCAAUAUUAAAUAUGAUUUAUCUGUGCAUGGAGUAUUGCUACUAUCGCAUCAGUGUUGCCAUUGUAAUAGUAAAAAAUCAAAUAUAAUUGUGAUUUAAUUUUUAAAAAAGCAAACAGUUAUUUUUUUAACUGCAGAAAUAUAUUUAAUCAUUUCUAUUAAGUAAUGACGAAUUUUAUAAUCAUAUAUUAUAGACGAUUGGUACGCCUACACUUGCCAAGUCCUGUUUUGAAUGGUCUAAGUACAAUCAUAAUGUGCAUGUCUUAAUUAG